UUAUGAAAUUACAUAUUGAAAAAGACUCAUAUAUAUGUAACCCGCAUGUUGUAUUUUGACUCUGGCCUUCAUUUAUGCUGAACAGCUGGCCAGAUGUUGGACGCGGAGCUGCUGUCGCUGACCUCGGUGCUGAACACGACGUCAGAUGAACCUGCGCUCACCACAAGAGACACGAUACAGCCUCACUCCCUCUUUGAUUUAUUGAAGCUACUCCAAACACGCUCUUUUGCUUCCUGGUCUUUGCCAUUUUAUUUGAUUUAAUUAUUUAUUUUUUCCCAAUGCAUUAACUCCUUUGUCCUCUUUUAUUUAUUUUGCUGCAAAUUCAGAUUGCUCUACGACGCUGGCUCUCAAUUUCAGUCGUUUUUGUCGUGAUGGCACUUAGCGCGGCUACUGUACGCCAGGCAGGAGAUUAGCCGGAGGUGGAUGAAAGCGCACAACUCCUUUGAUUUAUUUUCUUUGUGAGGUGUUUUAGCCUUAACGGUGUUUUCCAUUUUGGCGCUAAAAUUUAGGAUCGUCUGUCGAUUCGUCGCCCCUCUGGGCUCAGAUUUACUGUAACUUCGUUUGUUGCUUUAGUCGUACUCGCUGCUUGACCAUCCUGAGCUGUAACAUGAUGCUGAGGCAGUAGAAUAAUUUUCAUAAAGCAAGCCAAUACAAAAAAAAAAUCUGGAUAUGGAGUCCAUGAAGACCAAAGCCUCGGCAGGGGUCAAGGAAUUUGCGGGGAAGACCCUGGGUCAUAUGUACAGGGUGAUAGAGAGGAGGCAGAAAACCGGGGAGGUGAUCGAGCUGACGGAGGAUGGGAGGCCUCGGGAGGCCGCGGAGAAGAAACCCCCGCUGUGUGAUUGCAACUGCUUCGGCUUGCCUCGCCGCUACAUUAUCGCCAUCAUGAGCGGUUUGGGCUUCUGCAUCUCCUUCGGCAUCCGAUGUAACUUGGGCGUGGCCAUAGUGGGCAUGGUCAACAACAGCACCAUCCACCAAAAUGGCAAGAUCAUCAUUAAAGAGAAAGCCAAGUUCAACUGGGAUCCAGAGACAGUGGGAAUGAUCCAUGGAUCUUUUUUCUGGGGCUACAUCGUGACGCAAAUCCCCGGAGGAUACAUUUCCUCAAGACUGGCUGCAAAUAGGGUAUUUGGAGCGGCCAUUGUCCUUACCUCGACUCUCAACAUGUUCAUUCCUUCAGCUGCUAGAGUCCACUAUGGGUGUGUGAUUUUUGUCAGGAUAUUACAAGGACUGGUGGAGGGUGUGACCUACCCAGCUUGCCAUGGCAUUUGGAGUAAAUGGGCUCCACCACUGGAGAGGAGUCGUCUGGCCACCAUCUCAUUCUGUGGCUCUUAUGCUGGUGCAGUGAUAGCAAUGCCUCUGGCUGGGAUCCUGGUACAGUAUUCAGGAUGGUCCUCAGUGUUCUAUGUCUAUGGAUGUGUUGGCAUUUUCUGGUAUAUGUUCUGGAUCCUUGUGUCUUAUGAGAGCCCUGCUGAACAUCCGUCCAUCACUGAUGAGGAACGCUGCUAUAUCGAGGAAAGCAUUGGAGAAAGCGCCAAGCUGAUGGGUCCUUCAGAGAAAUUCAAGACUCCCUGGAAGAAGUUCUUCACCUCUAUGCCUGUCUAUGCAAUCAUUGUGGCAAACUUCUGCAGGAGCUGGACAUUUUACCUGCUGCUGAUCAGCCAGCCUGCAUAUUUUGAAGAAGUGUUUGGCUUUGAGAUAAGCAAGGUUGGCAUACUGUCUGCCCUCCCACACUUGGUGAUGACCAUCAUUGUGCCCAUUGGUGGCCAGCUGGCCGACCACCUGCGUAGCAAGAACAUCCUUUCAACCACCACUGUCAGGAAAAUCAUGAACUGUGGAGGAUUUGGCAUGGAGGCCACAUUGCUGCUGGUGGUUGGAUAUUCCCACAGCAAAGGAAUGGCAAUCUCCUUCCUUGUCCUGGCUGUGGGCUUCAGUGGAUUUGCUAUAUCAGGCUUUAACGUCAAUCACCUGGACAUUGCUCCUCGUUAUGCUAGCAUCCUCAUGGGCAUCUCAAAUGGUGUUGGUACUCUGUCUGGGAUGGUGUGUCCACUGAUUGUUGGUGCAAUGACAAAGAACAAGACUCGAGAGGAGUGGCAGUAUGUAUUCCUGAUAGCCUCUCUUGUGCAUUAUGGGGGUGUGGUCUUCUAUGGGAUCUUUGCAUCAGGAGAAAAACAGCCAUGGGCAGACCCAGAACUGACCAGCGAGGAAAAGUGUGGCUUCAUAGAUGAAGAUGAGCUGGCAGAGGAAACGGGAGACAUCACUCAGGGUUAUGGUGCUUUUGGUGGUCCCGCUAAAACAUACGGCGCCACCACGCAAGUGAACGGAGGAUGGGCUACUGGCUGGGAAAAGACGGAGGAGUAUGUCCAGGAAGAAGCCCAGGGAGGAGGCUAUGGAUACAGGCAGGAUGAGGGAUACUCUUAGGCCAAACACGCUGUCAUUGACACACAAGUAGACUUACUUUCUUCAGUGUGCAUCAGUUUUAGUCAUAAGAACAAACAAGAAACACGAAAAGCUACAAUCCAUUGUUGUAUUGUUUGCACAAAUCCUAAAAAAGAAAAAUAAACUAAAAAUGUUAUUAACUAAAUGUAAAAAU